CUCACGCACUAGUCUUUUUUGUCCACAGUAAAAAGAAAAAGUAAAGAAGAAAGGAAAAAAAUGAGAUGAGACAGGUAAUUAGCACAACAGACGACACUGCCACACUCUGUCCCCCUUCCUUCUCUUCUUCUCCUUCUCCUUCUCUUCUUCCCUUCUUUCUUUCCCCUGCUCUUUCUGACCAUGGUUUCAUCAUAGCAAAAUCAAUACCCCCCCCCCAAAAGAAAAUAAUAAUAAAUAAAAAAUUAAAGGAGGAAUUGAACCCACCACACCCACAGUUCAUACACACACAGAGACACUCAUUCUUACCUUUUUAAUUUCUCUACUAAUUACUACUUCCUCCAUUUCUCCUUUCCCUUUUUGUCCCAUUCUGUUUUCCGUACUCGUCAUCAUCAUCAUCAUCAAUGUACCUUCCCUCCAUCUCUCUGUCUCAUUUGUAGCGGUAGCAGGGGUAAAAAAAGGAGAAUCCCUUUUGAAUUUGAAGAGUAAGUAUGUUAUCCUUUUCCCCUUUUUCCCUUUCCCCCCUUUCUAUUUGGAUUUUUUUUUUCUUUUUUGGGUUCUGAAGCAAAUGUCGGAACUCUACCAAGUAGCUCGGUGAAGGGAGUAUUUUGGGUUUUACUUCAAUCAGGAGUUCUCAUGUUUGGAUGAAGAAAUGCUUGUGGGGUUUUUUUUUUUAAAUUAUUUUUUUGGGAAAAAAAAUUAUGUUAAAGUCCUUGUCUUGGAUUUCAUGGUUUGCUGUGAAGAAUUUAAAUCAACCCAAUGUCAAUUUUGGGUUUCUUUUUCUUUCUCAUUUUCAAGGCAGUAAUUUUGCAGCUUCUUUUUGAAAUGGAUAUUUCCGUAAAUGGAUAGUCUAUCAUUUUGCAGUCAAAAAGCAGUGUGCUUUGUUUUCCUUUUUCUCCUCUCUUUUGUGGGUGGGGUGGUCCCUGUGGGGAGGGUGUCCUGUUUGGUUUUUGGGGAUAUGGGGAAGGGGAGGUUGUCCUCUUUCAAUGCUGGGUAAAUGGCUGAACCUGCUGUGUUGUUGAACUUCAAACUUUAAUUGUUUUUGGUUCUUGCUUACUAACAAACUUCUAUAGUUUCAAUGCCAUCCUGAAAAUUUCCCCCUUUUUUUUUUGUUCCAUUUGAUCUUAUGUUAUGCAGCUGUUGUAAGUGAUCCGAUCUCAAUUGUGGAGGGAAAUGGAGGGAAAUCGAGAAAUGGAGGUGCAUUACAUGAAUACUGGCUUUCCUUACAAUGGCUCAGAGGGUUAUAUGGACUUCUUUGGAGGACUUCCACAAGCCCCAUUGUAUUAUGCUCAACCUCCGCCAAUGCCUCAUGAUCAUGUAUCUACAUAUUGGUCAAUGAAUAUGAAUUCUAACCGAUUUGGAAUUUCUGCUCCAGAAAAUACCUCGUACUAUGGUUCUUAUACAAUAAAUGAUGAAAUGACACGGAUGGAUUACAACAGAAGAGUUUGGGAGUAUCCUUCUGUCAUGAAUAUUGAAGAACCAACUGUUGUAGAUAUGCCUUCCGAAGAGAUUGAAGUCCCUACUAUGCAGGCCAUCCCCGAAGAGUCCCAUAGCCCCGAAAGCACAUUCAGUCAGCAAGAUGGUGCUAGUUCUCAGGCUGUUUGGGAAGACGACAUAGAUCCUGACAACAUGACAUAUGAGGAAUUGCUUGAUUUAGGAGAAGCGGUUGGAAGUGAGAGCAGGGGACUUUCUCAAGAUCUUAUUGAUUUGCUUCCAACCUCUAAGUUCAAGUCUGGUGGAAUUUUUUCUAGAAAAAAGUCUGCAGAGAGAUGCGUGAUCUGCCAAAUGAGAUACAAAAGAGGUGACCGGCAAAUAAAUUUGCCUUGCAAACAUGUGUACCAUGCUACUUGUGGAUCCAAAUGGCUCAGCAUCAACAAGACUUGUCCUGUUUGCAAUAGUGAAGUGUUCAAGGAUGAGUCGAGGCAAUGAAGCGAUUGACAUUUAGAGGCGUGAUGAUAUCCAAUAUCUGAAGCAGUACUUACUCGAAAUACAGUUUUCUUUUUGUCGCUGGUCCUCUCUUACAUACGUAGAGCUAGUUUAGCUUCGAUUUGCUCUGUUAGGUUAAUAUAUUUUGUGACUAGGUAGGAAAAGCCAUACAUCCUUUAUGUAUAAUUGAUGCAACAACUGUUAAGAGGAAAGCUAAAAAGAUGCAGAACUAUGUUCCUAAUCUAAUGCCCUUCUCAAUUCAAGUGCUGAACUGUCUUGCGAGAAUUACACUUUGCUCAAGCUGAGUUGAGUAAAAGUCACAUGUAGAUUGGUUGCUUUCAUAAGUUAAAUUUGAUUGCUUCUUAACUAUUUAAUCUAUACAUUUGAUGAUACAAAUGAUAAGUUUUAAGAUAGC